AUGAUCUUGCAAUAUAAAAUUCUUUGGCUUGAUGCAAAUUCGUCAGAUCCAAUGAGUAGUUUUCGUGCUAAACUUGGCGAUGUUCAAACAUUCACAGAUGUUAAUGAUUGUAUUCAGUACAUUCAAUCUCAUCCAAAUGAGCCCAUUUAUCUUAUUAUUUCUGGUUCGUUUGCUAAAGAAGUCGUUCCAGUAAUCUAUGAAUAUUCAAAUCUUGUACAAAUCUUUCUUUUUUGCGGAACAGUUUCUGCUUAUUCGGAAUGGGGCAUGGAUUAUUGUGAUAAAAUGAUGAUGUUUGAUCAUGGAGAUGAUCUUUUAGAACGAUUAUGGAAUGAUUUACAAAACAAAUUACAGGAACAUGCGACACUAUGUUUAAAACGUGCAGAUGAAUACAAACAACGAGCUUUGCAAUAUAAAAAAUCGUGUGGUUAA